AUCAGCGCUCAUUUAGCAUUACAACAUUAGUGCAUCCGUAGAAACGUCAUUCUUCGCUAGUGGAAGCUCCUUUCGAUUGUUUAAAAAUUGUGUUAGUGUUGUGUUUGCGUAGAUUUAAUAAAUCAAAACUGCCACUUUCAACGGCCUAACCCACGAUGCCGGGGAGCCUCACCGGCUCAUACCGCUCCUUGUCGGGCACGAGCGACGUGUACCGCUCGACUACGGUGGCGGGUGGCGGCGGAAAUGCCGCCACCGGAAUCCUCGAAGGCAUGAAGAAAGCUUUUAGUUUCAUGGCAGGUGGGACAGCCGCCACCACCAAGGACCAAAAACUGAUCCAGAGAGUGUCCAGCGGCGGGCCAGUCGUCAUCUCAUCCAGGACAGAAAACUCGAAUAGUUAUAACAGGAAAAUGCCAGCUUCCGGUGUAGCUGAAGAAGCAGCCCUUCUGGGCACGAUGCCAUCAGAUAGCAUGGAUGAUAUCGAACUGAAAAAUAUUCAACUGCAAUUUCCUUCGACUCGGUCUUUGUCACGUGAUGAUUCUUCGGCCCAGGAGGAGGUGGUGGAAACGGAUAGGGGGAAUUUGGUGGUGGCUGUGCAAGGGUCUAGGAAUAAGCCAGCGAUAUUGACCUAUCACGACUUAGGUCUCAAUUAUGUAUCUAGUUUCCAAGCCUUCUUCAACUACAUCGACAUGCGUGCAUUACUGGAAAACUUCUGUGUGUACCACGUCAACGCUCCCGGUCAAGAAGAAGGUUCUGCCACACUACCUGAAGACUAUAUCUACCCAACGAUGGACGAGCUCGCCGGGCAAUUGGGUUACGUCCUCUCUCACUUUGGUUUGAAACAGUUCAUUGGUUUCGGGGUAGGCGCUGGUGCCAAUAUUUUGGCACGUUUCGCCCUCAAUAACCCCAAUCAAGUGACCGCUUUGUGUCUCAUCAACUGUGUGAGCACUCAAGCCGGUUGGAUCGAAUGGGGUUACCAGAAAUUGAACGCUCGACAUUUGAGGUCCAAGGGGAUGACUCAAGGGGUUUUGGAUUACUUGAUGUGGCAUCAUUUUGGACGGAAUACAGAAGAGAGGAAUCAUGAUUUAGUGCAAGUCUACAAGAGCUACUUCGAACGCAAUGUCAAUCCGACGAAUUUAGCGUUGUUUAUUGAUAGUUAUGUGCGUCGUACGGAUUUGAGUAUACAGAGGGAGUUGGAUCCGACGAAGCGGAAAGAGUCGAAUACUUUGAAGAUGCCUGUUAUGAAUAUUACGGGCUCGUUAAGUCCUCAUGUUGAUGAUACUGUCACUUUUAAUGGCCGGUUGGAUCCCACCAAUUCGUCGUGGAUGAAGAUUUCAGACUGUGGCAUGGUCCUCGAAGAACAACCCGGCAAAGUGGCCGAAGCUUUCCGAUUAUUCCUUCAAGGCGAAGGCUACGUGGCGCCUCUAUCCCCCACAAAAAUGGCUCUAUUCCGCAAAACGUCGUUGGAGGAACUGCUCAAAUCGAAAAUGCCUAAUGGCGGACAAUGGCCAAUGAAUGUCAUCCAUAUCACCGAAAACCCAAUAUCGGCUGUCGUCUGUUAAAUUAACUAAAAACAAUAAUAAUAACCGCCGCCACUGCUCACACAAUCACACACACAUAUACACACACUUAUUUUGAGCUGUAUUGGAAUUUAUUGGGGGAUUUGUCGGCGCGGGAAGAUGGCGGACGCUUCGGGGAAUCCCCCUGUAUAUCAAGCGGGACGCAUUCAGCAUGUGAUGUUUUCAAAACUAGGCGCUAAAUUAGACUUUUUAAGAGAGAUAUUUAUUAAGUAGGCGACGGUCGGUAUUGUCAAAAAUGAGCUUAAAUUUCGAUUAUAGAUGGCGUGAGUUGUGAUAAAUUUCAAUACAGACGUUUCGUUGGCCACUGCCCUUCUCAAGCACAUAUCUAGAUAGUUGACCAGGCCCGGAUUGAGUUAUUUAAGGCCCUUUUCGGUCCUAACGAAAUUCUUCUAUCACGCCAUAUCGACUAGGUGCGCUUAAACUAGGACCUAACAACAGUGUUUUUUUGAUUUCUCUGUUGUGAUUAGUUGAAUAUUUAAGAAAAAUAGCUGUAGGUUAAGCUUUACUUGUUGAUAGGAAGCCUACUAUUAAAUGAAUUUUAAGGACAACCCUCACGAGACAUGCAGUUUUAUCAUUUCCUAAGGCUAUCUAAGAUAAGAUCGGUGUCGUUGGAUGCUGUUCGGUUUUUAUAUUGUUGCGAUGUAGUUUUAUGUUUUGAAAUGUGAUGAAUAAUCGUAUUGUGCCUCACUUUGUUAAUGGUUUAAGUUAAGCACUAUUUAAUUUUAAUAAAAUGUUUAAAACGUUA